GUGUGUGUGUGUGUUACAGACAUACAGACAGCAGAGCAUCUCUUCUCUCGCAUCAGCAUCACGGGGUUUAAUCGCUCUCCUUCUUCUCCAUCACCGAGGCUUAGGAGGCGUCUGUCAAACCUGUGGAGCGUCUGUCUACCUCUCUCUCUCUCUGUCUGUCUAUCUGUUUGUAAAACACCGCUGCACACGUCGGUUUCAGAGUAGUUGUAGUUUGGAAACAAUAGCUAAACCGGUUUUCCUGUUCUCUUUGGGGGAAUCUCUCCUCUGUCAUCCCGGAAGACUCAUCACAUUGUCGCCUUGGAGGAAGUUGAACAGCUGUGUGUGUGUGUGUGCGCCUAAUUUGGGAGCCAAUCAAGCAGCCAUGGACACGUUCAUCAAGGGUUUCUCUAAAGCCAAGGAAGGGGUCGUGGCAGCGGCGGAGAAAACCAAGCAGGGAGUGACUGGAGCAGCUGAGAUGACGAAAGAUGGGGUUAUGUUUGUCGGUACCAAAACAAAGGAUGGAGUCACAACAGUUGCAGGUAAAACCGUGUCUGGAGUGUCUCAGGUGGGUGGCGCUGUCGUUACCGGAGUUACCGCUGUGGCCCAGAAAACUGUGGAGAGUGCGGGCACUAUUGUCGCUGCCACUGGAUUGGUCAAGAAGGAUCCAGCCAAACAAGGUGAUGACGCCUCACCAGUACAGAACAUGGCAGAGUCACCGGUUGACACUGAGCCUGCUGAUGCUACAGAGGACGACUCCGAUGAGUAAAACGGAUUGAGAGCUUCAAAGAUCAAUGACCGAAAUACAUUCCAUGUCGCUCUGCCAAGUCCCGUUGUGCCUCGUUUUUUGUCCUUUUACCGAGUCUGUGCCCAACACCUGUGUGUGCGCGUGCGUGCGUGUGUGUGUGUGUUUAUGUUGUUACAUAUGUCUGUAGAGCUGUAUAUGUGUAAUGUUGUAAAGAAAGACAGUUUGAGUGUGUAUAUAAUGUUUAUCAGUCCCGAAAAGGGCUUCAGGUGUGUGUCAUCUGUGACCAGCUGUCAUUCGCAGUGAUUCCCUACCACUGAGAGUGCCACCUGUUCACUGUGUGUGUGAGCGUGUGUGUGUGUGUGUGUGUAUGUGUCUAUGUGUACAUGUCUAACUGUGUGGCUAUGUCAAUAACUCAAACAUGAAAAUAUACCACACUUUACCACUUCAAGCACCUAAGUGUCUCUAUAUAAAUGAACAAUUUACAGUGAUCUGUUUAAAAUGGAAGUGUAAUGAUAUUCUCUAUUUUUGUCUGUACACUGUCACUGUUAUUUGCGGUGGACUAUAAAGUGCUGAGCUAUCUGUGCAUUCAUAUUGUAUUUUUUAAGUUAUCUCUGCGAUAACAAAUAUAUCUCAUAUUGAAUGGACUUUUGAAGACCAAGAGCAUGUGAAACUACUUAGCUUAACGGCUGUUAUACGAAUUUAUUUGGAGUUAAAUGUUGAAUAAAAUAUGCAAAAAGAG